GUAUAGUAGGACAAAGAAGGAAAACAUGGAAAAAGGACAUACAUUUCCUGCUCCCCAUGCAGGAAAUAGAUGUUAACUACUCAAAAUGAUGGUCCAUUCUCUCCAGACCCUGUGCAUGUCUGAAGACCACUACCCAGGCCCAUUGACUGGGGCCCAGGGACCACUUGGGUGCAUACAGCUGCACAGGACUCGGUCCUUUGCCUGUGGCGCACACAAGGGAAUGGCUGCUGUGUCUGCACCUGCCCAGUGCCAGGACUCAGUGACGUUCGAGGAUGUGUGUGUGGUUUUCACGGAUGAAGAGUGGAAGGAUCUCGUCCCGGUGCAGAAGGCCCUCUACAAGGUGGUGAUGCUGGAGAACUACGCGAACAUUGUCUCCCUGGGACUUCCAAUCCUUCGACCUGAGGUGAUUUUUCAGUUGAAGAAAGGAGAGGUGUUGUGGAAGGAGGGCCUUCAUGGAUCUGAGGAGAAAGAGUCUCCAGAGAAUGCCUCUCUAGUAUGGAAGACUAAACCUGACCCUGAAGAUGCUUCAGAAGAAGGAAAAUGGAGGGAAAGUCCUGAAAGACCAAGUCUUCUGUGUCCUAAACUUGAAGUUGAAGCACCCGAGGGUGGGUUGAAAACGAGGCAGAAGGGCCCCCUGGUGGAACCCUGCACGAAAUCCCAUUCCCAGAACAAAAGCUCGAGGAGAGGGCCCGCUCUGCCCCGGAAGAGCCUCCCGAAAGGUCGAGAUCAGGAAUGUGGUGACUGUGGGAAGACUUUCUUUGACCACUCGUCCCUCCUCCGCCACCAGAGGACCCACACCGGGGAGAAGCCGUACAGCUGCCCCGAGUGCAGGAAGGCCUUCAGCCACCGGAGCAGCCUCAGCAGACACCUCAUGUCGCACACCGGGGAGAGCCCCUUCGAGUGCGGCGCGUGCGGCAAGGCCUUCUUCGACCGCUCGUCCCUCACCGUGCAUCAGCGGAUUCACACGGGAGAGAAGCCCUUCGUGUGCAGCGAGUGCGGCAAGGCCUUCUUUGACCGCUCGUCCCUCACCCGCCACCAGAGGAUUCACACCGGAGAGAGUCCGUACGCGUGCCAGCAGUGCGGGAAAGCCUUCAGCCAGAAGAGCAUCCUCACCCGCCACCAGCUGAUCCACUCGGGCCGCAGGCCCUACGAGUGCCGCGAGUGCGGGCGAGCCUUCUACGGCGCCUCCUCCCUGAACCGGCACCAGAAGGCGCACGCCGGGGAGCCGCGCUAUCAGUGCAAGGAGUGCGGCAAAGCGUUCUUCGAGCGCUCGUCCCUCACACAGCAUCAGAAGAUCCACACCGGAGACAAGCCGCACGCGUGCGGCCAGUGCGGGAAAGCCUUCAGCCAGAGGUGCCGGCUCACCCGCCACCAGCGGGUGCACACGGGGGAGAAGCCCUACGAGUGCAGCGUCUGCGGGAAGGUGUUCAGCUCCAAGUCAUCUGUCAUUCAACAUCAGAGGCGAUACGCCAAGCAGGGAAUAGACUGAGUGGGGGGAAAUGAACCAACCCUCUCCACGGGCAUCCGCUCGCGCUGCCCCUCCUGCCCACUGCCGCGCCGCCCGCGCCUCUGAACUCUGUGCGGACUGGGGUGCAGAACUGCCAUGCGAUGUGCAGCUGAAGAAGUGACUCUACAUUCCAAAUUUGGGGAAGGAAUUAGGGUGUUGCUCAAUGGUGGGACAUGGUAUAGCUGUGGGAAACCCCAAGUUUCAUCUCCAGCACUGAAAAAAGAAGGAGCAUUGUCAAACGAUAGGAUAGAUGUUACCAGGGGAUCCUCACACCUCCUGUCAGAACCGCUGCCCUAUGAGUCCCUGCACUUUAAAUAACUAGAAACCACUACAGGAAGAGAAAGGCACAGGUAGUAGACAGCAGUUGUUCACAGCUCCACUUCGAGCUUUUUGGUGGUAGUUGGAGAGAAGAGUUUCGCAGACGUUUCCUGCACGGCUGGCGUCAGGCCGCACCCUCAGAUCUCAGCCUCCUGAGCAGAACUGCAGGCUUGAGCCAUCCGAGCAAGUCUCUUCUCUGCUACCUGUGCUCUGAGUCGAUAGUCUACGUACAUUUGUUGCUUCCAAAUAGAUUGUAAGCACCUGGAGGCAUGACUUGCAGGUUUAUAGCUUGUGAAGUACCUCGCAAACAGGAGGUGCUCAUUAUUUGCAAGCUGCCUUAAUGAGACCCCCAACACCAGACUUGACAUCCUGACUCACAGAAAGCUGCGGUACCUCAGCCCAGCUCUCUCUUUUUAUUCUAUUGACUCGGGCACUAAGUAACUUUUACCCUAGGUCUCUAUAUUCUUUUCCUAUCCGUGUAACGUGAAACAUUAAAAAAAACAAACGUUUCUGAAAACUCUGUGGAAUUACAUUCCACGAAUCCCAGUGGAUAGUAAGAUAGAUUUUCCCCAGAAGUUAAAGGUACAAGUUGAUUUGCCAAACAGAUCACUCAUAACUAACACAUUUAAAUCAGUGUGUGUGUGUGUGUGUGUGUGACAGAGUGGGGAGGAGACUUGAACUCCAGGCUUCUCAUUCUUGCUCAGUUUUCUCUGGGGCUCAUGCUCUCAGCUUUUCUGCUGAAGGCUGGUAUUCUACCACUUGAGCCACAUCUCUCCUUCUAGCUUUAUGCUGGUUAAAUGCAGUUAAUCCCAUGGGUUUGUCUGGCCUGGCUGGCUUUGAACUUUCUCAGGUUUCAGCCUCCUGAGCAGCAAGGAUUAUAGGUAUAACCUACUGACACCCAGCAAGCCUGUAAAUCUUAGUCUGCUUUAGAGCACAUGAAUGGCAGGGAAUACUUUUCAUGUUAGCAGCUUGGAGAAAAACGUUAUAGAAUCUAUGGGUGUAGAUAAAAUCAUAUUGUUUAAUAAUAUCAAAUAGAAAAUAAAAGACUAUUGACAAACUUG